CUGCAACUUCUGAAGAGAUCACAAAGCACCGCCUUCGAGACUGGACUAUCCAAAUGAUCGAGUUGUAACUACAUCAUUUUAUUCAAGACUGAGGGAUCCCCCCACCCCCCUUAUGCCCACGGUGGCAGCUGAUGGAAGAGAGAUCACUGUCCAAGCCCACCAUGGUGUCCAGACUGCCCAAGUUCGGUGCCCGUCCUGCUCCGGGGGUGUCCAGCCCCCUGCCCAAGGGGCCCCCUCAGCCCCCGGUCUCCACCCAGGAGGGCAAGACGCCCCCCCCAGGGAGGGCCAACGGACUCCUCCGCACCUCCUCCUUCUCUCUGAAGUGGAGGAAAGAUGGCGUGGGCGCCAGUCCUGAGGAUGGAGCGUGCCUGGAGGGGAGGGAAGACAAGCCCCAGUUCCAGCUCCCUUUGCUGGGGAAGGAGGGUAAGAAAACCUCCCCCUCGACCCCUAAGCUGCGGAGGUCUGGUUCCUCCGUGUCCUCCACCUCCAGCCCCAAGGCCAUACCCAGGCAGCAGCCGUCCAAGGCCAGCCCCAAGACAGGAGCCAGGCUGGGGCAAAGUCCCCUCAGUGGGGGCCUGAAAGCGGGCCUGAACGGCUCCUUGGGCUCCAGACGCUCGGGGUCUGGCUCGUGCCUGGCGAACUCCGGCUUGCCCCGCAGUGGCUCCAGAGACAGUCUGUCCCAGUCCAGCGACAGCCUCAAGUCGCUGGUGCUGCUGGACAACAUGGUGCGCUCGCAGAGCUUCACCCACUUCAAGCAGAUCCCCUCCCCCAGCAGCCUGCCUAUGACGCGAUCCUUCUCCUUCAACAGGGCUGUGGAGCUGGCCAAGCCCCUGGCCAACACCCAGCUCAGGACUCCCAGGACCACCCUCAUCAAGCCCCCCCAGGGCCUGGCCAACGGCCGGGUGGGGCUGGGGCUGGGAGGGAUGGGGGUGGUGGGUAGUUUGGGGAGCCUGGGGGGGCUACAGUAUGGCAGGGUGGGCUCGUCCCCCCUCCUCUCCACCCCCACCCCCCCCAGUGGCCUGAAGAAGCCCCUCCUCCCCAGCUGUGUGCUGUCCAAGCCCUCCGCCCUGGGCUGCAGACUGGCUCGCCCUGGGCAGGCCAAGCUUCAGAAGCCCCUGUUCCCCGGCAUGUUGAGGGGUGAGGUCAGGGCCGAGGCGGGGGGCGGGGGGUACCCCCCGGACGAGGCCGCCUCGCCCCCCGUCACUCCGGAUCCCCUCAGCGACAGCGAGCGGAGCGGGUCACUGAGGGACGGGCUGUCCCAGCUGUGCACGGCCGAAGGGCUGGAGGACAUGUCCCUGUCGUCCGCCUCGUCCCUGGAGCGCAACGACACCAGCGACGAGUUCCUCGACGACUUGGACAGCCUCGGCGACCCCGUUCAGGGGCAGGUGCCGGACAACAGGAGUCGUGGCAACGCCACGGAGAUUCGCCUGCGCCACUUCCUGAACGAGACCAUGGACUGGGAGGGAGUGGGCCUGACAGGGGGGCAAGAGGAGGGAGGCGAGAGGGGGUCCCGGGGGGCCCUGUCAUCCGAGGAGGGGGACCUCCCCCAGGGCUCGUCCUUAGAGCUGUCCCCCUCCAACAGCUCCGGGGGAACCUACAUGUGGGACGAGGAGGGCCUGGAGCCCCUGGGGGGCCCUGCCUCACACCCCUGUGACAGCUACGACAACGCAGACCUCAACAGCAUGGACAUCCUGAACCAGCUGGGCUCCCUGGAUCCAGGAGACCUGGAGGAGGAUGACCUCAUGCUGGACGUGGACCUGCCUGACGAUGGCUCCCUGCACACCGUCUGCCAGCCAAUCAGGCCGAGGAAGGGAGGCCCGGAGAGAGCCAAGGCCCAACCUCAGGGUUUUUCUCCAGUCUGGUCCCGUGACAGCCCACUGUUCCCCCCCUGCCGGCCCCGGGCGGUGUCUCCCGGCCUGGGCUCAGACACAGCAGACAGCAGCCUCUUCCUCCGGCUCCUGGGGAGUUCCCACACCCACACAGGACCUGGGCAGAAGGACUUAACAUUCAGCAGAAGCAUCAACAGCAGAUCAGCGGACCAGGCAGAGACUCUCUCCCCUCCUCUCUUGUCCUGCUCCAUCUCUCCACUGUGGAGUCUUCUCCGGAUUUGCUGUGUAGUUCCCGUUCUUGGUGAAGUGGGAGUUUGUGGAGUGGGCCGUGGAGGGUGGAAUGUAGCGUGUUGCUUCUGCGACGCUGAUGGGAUGGCCCACUCGGAGCGUUCUGAGCGAGGUGGGAGACAGGGUCACUGGAGGAGACGGCAGCAGCGCUGGAACGGACCGGAAUCCUUUCACCAUGACGACAGGGUUCCUGUGUUUCAGCAGUAUGAUGGACUGGCUUCCCAGGGGGCCUUGCGGCCGGGCCCUCGGGCCCUACCUCCCGUAGGGAGAGCAGACGGCCACCUGAGGGCGCUAGACCAGCUGUCUCUCCGACACAUGGCUCAGGACUGCACUUCUGUCAAGAACCAGCUGCUCAAACUCAAGACUCUGUUGCAGCUGGAGGAUGGAGCCGUGUGGCCUGAUGUUGAAGAGGACACACAAGACAACACCACCACCCUGCAGCUGGAGGAGCUGAUGAAGGAGGUGAUGGUUCUCAGGGAAGAACUCAGAAUGAAAGACAAGACCAUCGCUCAGCUCACACGUCAACAGCAGCAGCAACAGGAAGUGAGCGGACAGCAACAGGAAAGGGGACGGUGUGUCUGCCACCAGAGGGCUCCCUCGCUGCGGGGGGGCGACAGGCGGACGCACUAUGACAAGGCCACCCAGACACCAUGGAGAGGGUGUGCAGGGUGUGCUGCCUGCCCCUCUCCUCUCCUCCUGGCAGAGCCCCCUCCCGGGGGUGCCCCGAGCCAGCACGCCCCAGCGGGGCAGACAGAGAGUGGAGCACCUAGUUCAUUAUGUUCAAGACACAGCGUGCCUCCGGUUCUACAGCCUUCCAGCCCAUGCCCCAGAGAGCGGCUCCUUCAGGGAAGAUUAGCAAGAGCAGCCCCCACAGAGGUCCUCAGUGACCCCCAGCCUAGCCCCAGCAUCGAGAGGGGGACCCAGACACACACUGCCUCCCCGGGAGGCCCUCUCCCCCCAGACCCAGAUGAGCUGAGCCUUCUACUAAGCACCCAGCUACACCUCCAUGUCCAGGCAGGGUCUGGGACAUCUCAGGGGGGCUCCCAGGGCAGCAGCAGCCCAGCUCAGGGAGCUAUCUCCGGGCUUGAGAGGGAGAGGAAGGCCCCUGCUGGUUCAGUGGCUAGUUGCCCUCGCGUCCUCCAGCCUCCUCGUCUAUACAGGCGCGUGUGUGUCCCCGCCCUGCUCCGGGGGGGCUCUGCCCUCACGACAGGCCCGGCGGGGCAACGGGCCAGCCACAUGACCCAACACCUGCCCCCUCCCUCCAGGGGCCUGCCCUGCUUCAACUCUGGCCCUCAGGGUCUGGGUGUAGUCCGUCAUCCUAAGCACCGCACGAUCCCCAGGAGGGGACCCAACCCCGGGAUGGAAGAGCCAGACUUGACCCCCCCCCAGCCGGGGUCCCGCCCCCCCCCCCAACCCUCUCACUUCUUCCCAAGCCAAAGAUCCACAGCCCAGCUCAGCUCGUCCCAGCGGAUGACUCGUCUAUGACAGUGCCGUCUGUCUCCAUGGUACACACACCCCUAACAGGCUGAACUUAUGUGAGCGUCUUCAUGUGUGUUUGCAUCGACACGGUUUCUGAAUCCUGCUCAAGUCAUCGCAAUACACACACUUUUACAGGUUAUGAAUGAACUGCAUUACUGACCCCCUCCAGACAGAACAAAACACUUGUUUUUCAAUAUCCAGAUUGUCAAUAUGCCGUUAUUCAAUAUGCACAACAUCCUAAAAAGAAGCCUAUGUAUUUCUGUUUCUGUCUUAUAGUAACUAUUAGAUACAUACCCCAUGUUCCUAUGAAGGAGCAACCAGUGGUCUCACUGCAGUCAUUGUACAUGACCUCAGCAAUAUGACAUUGAUCCUCAGUGGAAGGAGCAGGAAUAGAGAAUCUGAAUAGAGAGCGGCUGUCUCUCUCUCUCUCUCUCUGUAUCUCUGUCUCUCUCUGUCUCUCUCUCUUUCUGAAACACACCAACACAUGUACAUUUACACACGCUCUGAAAAGACAUUGUUCCAUGAAAAGAACAUAACAGUCGCAGUCUCCCUCGGAUCCAUGACCUUUUCAGACAGCCGAGUGGACUCUGGGUCUGCCUGGCGUUCAGUGUAGUUUGGGAUAAAUGGAGGUCACACGCAUUGAGACAACUCUGUCCAAUGGUGUGUUCAUAUAGUCUAGGCUAGAUGCGGUGUUACUAUAUAAUAGAUCCUCCGUCCCCUCUUUUCUCCUCUUAUCUCCAGGGAUAUGGUUCAGCGUCAUUUCAGCUGGGCUGCGGACACACAGUAUGUCAUGUUGUUUGAUGUGGCUACUGUGGCUUAUAUAUCAUGCCGAGAUUUCAAUAAAAGAGUCUGAAUUGGCUGCUGUUAGGGUUUGAGGUGAUGAGAUCUCUUUCUACGUGCAUCUUUUUCUAAGUGUGUGAGAUGGACAGUGUUAGAGUAUCCCAUGGCGAUAUUUGCCAUGCCAACCAGACCAAUCAGGGGGCUCUGUUGCAUAGUCAUGGCGAGCAGAAGAAUCCAUUACUUCUAAAGGGAGCAAGAGAGACAGAGAGAGAAGGAUGGAGAUUGAGGGAUGGAGAGAGAAAGAAAAGGGGUGCUGAGAGGGAGGGAGAGAGAGAGUGGGAGAGAGACUGUGCUGAGAGACGGUGCUGAGAGACGGAGAGAGAAAUCGAGAGAAGUAAAGAUAAACUCUGUGAGUGUGUGCUAUGGUCCAGAGAAUUGCCCAAACCCCUCAGCUGUGUCACUCACCACUGCUUAGCAAUGCCAAACAGGAAAUCAAUGUUGCCCGCUCUGUGAGUCUCCAGACACAACGUGCUGCCAAUGUUUCUGUUUGUGUGUGUGUGUGUGUGGGUGUGUGUGUGCGUGCGUGCCGGUGUGUCCACUGGCAAGAGAGAACCCAUGCCAAGAAGUGAGGGCAAUGCCAUCCAUAUUCAUACUGCUGUUCUCAAUGCAAUCAUGCAAUCAGAACCGUAUCUCGAUCAUUCCAGAGGGCAGACGCCUACACAACGAAGGCCCCACAAAGGUGACCAACAAACAAACUACAAAACCGGAAUCCACGUACCCACGUCCGUUUCAUCCACGUUAAAUAACAGAGAAACAAAUAGCCAAGCUUGUAAGUAUCGCGUCUUGUUAGGCUGAACGGGUGGUUGAGACCAGCGACAGGACUGGUGUUGGUCACAUGUGGUUUGCACUUCCAAACACGUCAUCACAAUCCAGGAGGGAAGUGGGCAAAGAACACGAGAGAGUAGCAAACAUCCCCCUUUCUGUUCUGGUGGUCAGACCACAGCCUAGUGUACAUCACAGGGGUGGGGGAUUGGCUACAAACAGAAACAUCUUACAUUAUUUAUUCAAAAGGGAUGAUAUUAGCCACAAAAGGUAUGUAUUUUUCCUAACUGCUUAAUCAUCCUAUUCUCAAUUUUAAAACAAGGAUCGAGGGUUUUUUGGGUGUCUAUGACAUCACUAAGACAGGCCUGAUUGUAAUGUGGACUCGCAUGCAUCUCUUCUUCAAGUCAAAUCAGCUCCUCCUAUCAACUGUCAUCAUUGUCCUAUUGUAUACCGUGCAAUAUUCUAAAAUACCUUUAACAGAUGUCAAUAUUAAAGCAUCACUGUACUCUUAGGCUAAUAUGCAAGAUGAAAAUGUACUUUUCAUUAAAAAAAAUACUAAGCUAAUCGGAAAUGCACUUUAAAUUUUGUAGGCUGAUGGAACACUGACCUGUAGUUAGGUUUUGCUGUACAAUAUUUAUCUUGUCUCAUCUCUUGUGUGUUUUUUUUCUUUGUAUCUGUUUGUGUGUAAUGCUACGUUAUAGUCUUCCAGACAGUAGUUGGAACAGUCUCGACAGCUGUCUCAAAACUGCUAACUCUAAUUUUGAUGACGUACCUCAGGUCAAGGCAACAAGAGUAUAAUUACUUCAGGUUUAUACACACUAGCAGGUGCAUUCACUUCCUGUAUGUUGGCCAUGUUUUCUACAGCCCUGAAGUGGAUUUGACAUGGAUGUUUAAGUUAGCAUUGGAUUCAAACCUUGUGUGUCAGAUAUGUGGACUACCUUGCCAACCAAUGACAUGCAGUGACAGAGUUUGUAAAAUGGGGGACAACAGAACUGUCGAAACGUGUGUCACACAUCAGUUUGCCUUCUCAUCAAUGGAAUAAAUAAAGGUUUUGAUGG